UUUCACUCUUUUAUCUGAUCCCUAAUCUGCUUUUCUCGUUUUACUUUUAUUAUCUUUGAACAAUUUAAACCCUAAUUGUAUCACAAAGUGUAAAACCCAGCUUGAUUAGUUUAUUAGCAAAUGUUUUUUCCCUUCUCACACAAACAACGUCCUCCGAACGAUUAUCCAGCAUCGUGUCUUGACCAUUUGGGCAGUAGUUUUUACUACUAUAACCACUACCACAAUCACCACAAUAAUCAAAAUUAUCAUCACUUUCCUCCUCACUCAUUCAACCAACAUUACUCGACACAAGAUUUUAUCAGGAAAGGGAUAGGCCUUGAGGUGAUGAAGCCAUGGCGUGUGUUAAUGUCAACCGUAGUCUCUCGGAUCAAUUCUACCGAUACAAAAUGCCCAAGCUUUUGGCAAAAGUUGAGGGAAAAGGCAAUGGUAUUAAGACGGUUAUCGUCAACAUGGUCGACAUUGCCAAGUCUCUCAAUCGUCCACCCAUGUAUCCUACUAAAUACUUCGGUUGCGUACUUGGUGCCCAAGUAAAUUAUGAUCCGAAAAAUGAGCGAUAUAUUGUGAAUGGCUCUCAUGAAUCAAAUAAACUUCAAGAUCUCUUGGAUGGAUUUAUUCAAAAGUACGUUUUAUGUCCGUCAUGCCACAACCCAGAGACCGUGCUUGGUGUACUUACCAAGAAAAACAUUAUCACUACUUCUUGCAAAGCUUGUGGAUAUACUGGCCUUCUUAACAAUAAAGACAAAUUGACGACAUACAUCCUGAAAAAUCCUCCCACGGCUGUAUCAGGUAACGGAGCCGGUGGCAAAGAGAGCAAGAAAAAUAAAAAGAGUAAAAAAGAAGAAAAGAAUGGUAAAAAGCAUGCCAAUGGUGACUCUAAUUCACCUGGGGCUGCCGGUGACUCCGAUGAGAGAGACGAUCCAAUCGAUAACCUAGGUAAUGGUAAUGAUGAUGAUGACGAUGAGACAUGGGGCGAAAACACUGACCCUGAUGCUGUUGCUAAACGAAUGAGUGAACUUUCUUUGGGUGCCAAAAAUCUAAUGAUGAAUGAAGAUCUAGAGAAAUCUCCAAAGGAAAGACUAGACAUGUUCCUCGAUUACGUCAAGAAUAAAAAAACCGAAUGUGGUGAUGUAUUUGAUGCCAAUGCCCAAAAGGAUAUUGUCGCAGAGGCUGAGCGACUCGAUAUUCGAGACAAGGCUGUUCUUGUUCUGUGUGAAUUACUAUUUGAUGAAGAUAUUAUCCAGCAAAUCAAAACUCAUCGUGUACUUUUCCUUCGCUUCACUGCUGAAAAUGUCAAAGCUCAGCGAUAUCUUAUGAGAGGAUUUGAGCAGGUUGUACAACGUUCCAAAAGUGAAUUGCUACCAAAAGUAUCGCGCAUACUCAAAGCUUUUUAUGAUUCAGAUAUUCUUGAUGAAAAGGUUAUCAUUGAUUGGGGCUCUAAGGCUUCUAAAAAGAUAGUUGGUGAAAAGCUAUCCAAAGAAAUUCACGAGAAGGCUCAACUAUUUUUAACUUGGUUGAAAGAAGCUGAAGAGGAGGAAAGUGAAUCUGAAGAGGAAGAAGCCGAAAUUGAGGUUGUUUACGACGACCGAGUACGAGAUGGUGAAGUUCAAGUUGAGGUGGAGAAAGCUAAGCCGCCACCCGUCUUUACUGCUGUAGCUCCAGCUCUCAAAGAGGAAAUUGAUAUCGAUAUUGAUGCAAUCUAAUUUACAAUCCAAACCAGACCGCUUAUCACCAAUUUAUAUUUUCUCUCUUUUAUCUAUAUCUUCUGAAAUUCAAUUUAGUUUAUUCUUUCGCAUCUCUUUAUACUUUCUCUCUAUCCACUCUUUUUUCUUCAACCAACAACAUCACGCAAUUACCAUUAUUAUUAUUGCUAUUAUUAUUAUGAUUAUUCUCGAAUAGUAGUUUGAAAGGUACACUUCUCUAUCCGUCUCUAUCAAUCCAUUUUCUCGCUCAAUUUUCUUUCCAAUUUCCGAAUCUACUAAAAUUGUUAUUCAUCCAUUUUCACCAAUUUUUCACUUUCUCCUGCUUCUCCUUUCCACAACAUCCAAAUUUAAAAGCUUGUACUUCUAUUGGCUGAUUAUCAUUACCAUAAGAGCAGUAACAUUGAUGAGCACAAACAAAAGACUACCAAACACACAAUAAUGAUCAACAGGGAAAAAAAGCAACACUGGUAUUAAUGAAAUCCAUUGAGAAUAUGGAGAAAGCCAAACUCGACUCGCUGAUAAACGACAACAAAAUAUGAAAAGAACCUAAACCCUAACAAUUCUAUUUCAUUUAUAUUAAGGUCUUCAAUCACUAAUAAACACCAAAAGAAACUCAAGCCAUGGUGAAAUAUGAAAUUUGAUCAAAAAUAAAUUGAUUAAGCCGCUGGUGAGGUUCGAACUCACGACCCCUGGUUUACGAGACCAGUGCUCUACCACUGAGCUACAACGGCGUUUUUUUAUAGAACGUCGAAAAAAUACGGUUCAUCAAGUCCUAAAUGAAACGUAACCUAAAUUUUAUCAUUCAAUCUGAUCGCUUUUAAAACGCUUUCCCUUGUUUCUUGUUUUUUUGUUUAAAGACGCUUAACUCAUACUAAACCACUAUUGCCUUUGAAUUUGUCUUGUUAGAUUGUUAAGGAUUCGAAGACAAUUAAACUAAUUCGUCAUUUAA